AUGUCAGAUGAAAAAGGCUCAUUGGAAAAUCUCCCAAUCUAUUCAUUCCUCUUUCCAAACGAAAAAGGGUCUAGUUUAUAUAAUGCUUACGAUCGGGAUGAGGUAGAAGAUAAAUUAGUUAUCAAAAUUGACCAAGAUGAUGACCAUGCCCCCAAAUUUUCUGUUGCCGAUGACAUUUCAGAAGUAUAUGGCUUACCUAGGAUUCAUGAAUGUAUUAACGGUCAAAAACCUUUAAGAGCCGUGAUUGACAUUGAUGCGUCGAAAAAGGAUAUGGAAAUAGCUGAUGUCAAGGGACAAGAAGUGUUCAUUCGAAUCUGUUGCUCUUUCAUAAGAGCUUUGUACCGAAUUCUUGACUGUGGUUGGAAAGAUAUUCUCAGAGGAUUGGUAAUCGCUACAUCAUCGGACCAUAGCAAGUGUAGCUACCAUAUUUUAUACGCGCCGGCUCUUCUUAUUGACCAUCAUGAACUCAAAGCAUUUACUGAAUUAGUAUAUACCAUAACCGGUGAAAAAUAUGGUCAGUUUAUUGAUCAGAAAUUACCUGGUCACAAUUUUAACCUUCGCUUAAUUGGUUCGGCAAAAAAAGGUCGUGUGAAACGCAUUCUUCAAUUCUCUCUAGAUAAUGGCUGGAAUGAGCUCGAUCACGUUAGAGUCCAACCACCUACUAGCUUAGGUCUCGAAGUAAGACCUCGUAUGCUUAGCGUAGAAAAAAAUAAUAGUUCACUAAAGAUAAUCGUAGGUCAUGAUAUAUUACAAAAAUGCGCGGACCUUGUUUUGCAAAAAUAUUUUAAUUAUCUUAGAGAUUGUACUAUUGAAGAAAAAGACUCAGAAAACUUCGUAUAUUUUAACCGGAAAGUUCCACUGGAAUGUCCACUAUGUAAUCGUAUACAUGACAAGGAUCAGCGGUGGUUCGGUCAUGUAUCUGCUAGUGGUACAUUCAUUGUGAAAUGUUUUCGGCAAAAUAGUAAUGAACCUGGGGUAGUUUUCGAAUGCGACCCAUCUAUUGCGGAAAAAAUUCAGCAAAAAAAUAAAAAUAUAUCUUCAGCGCCUAGCAAGAUAAAAGGCCCAGGAUUUCCUAAAGCCUUCGUAAAAAUGCCACCCUGGGUUAAGUGUAAUGAAACCUUUACAGCGACAGAAAUAUAUGAGGAGAGAUAUGUAAGACCAUUACCCAAUGAAGGUGAUAUCUAUGUUGGAUCACCUUGGGAGACAGGAAAAACAUAUGUUCUAGAGCAUCUUACUAUAUCUGACGACGUGAAUUUGCUAGUAUUAUCCACGCGUCACUCCUAUUCGAAUGCAGUUACUACCAGACUUAAUCUCAAAUCAUAUUGUGAUAUCGAUGGUAAUAUAAAUUUACCUGAUCAUAAGAGGGUAGUGUGUCAGAUAGAAAGCUUACAUCGGAUUACUAAUAAUUGCAAAUGUAAUAAAAAAUGCAAAUGUCUUCCAAUCCAAUAUGACUUGUGGCUUGAUGAAAUAGUGUCUAUAAUUGCUCAAGCACAAAGUCAUUUGGCAGGUCAAUCGAUAGAGAAGUUAUAUAAAUUGAUCCAAGACGCGAGACGCAUUAUUGUAAUGGAUAAUGACCUAACUGACCUUAACAUUGAAUGGAUUAAGGCCCUUCGUAAGAAUAUACCUCUCUCUAUUAUCCACAAUACUUACCAGCAUCAGAAAGGUAAGACAUUCCGCUUGGCUUCUAAUAAAGAAACAGUAUUAGCUGAACUUUGGGAAUGGGCUAAGCAAAUGUCUUUAUUACCUUUUGAGAAUCGGACAAGCGUAUUGCUUAUCUAUCACCUUAGAAAAGAUGUGCAAGGAAUUAUUCGUGCUCUCAAGACCGAUUUUCCAGAAUUGAGGAUCAAGGAAUAUCAUGAUAAAUCCGAUCCAGUAGAAAAGGCUCAUAACUUCAGUAACGUAGAAGAGUCAUGGAAAGACGUAGACUUAGUUGCCUAUACAAGCACUUUAAAAAUAGGAGUAUCCUGCACUAAUCCUAAGUUCGAACGGGCAUUCUGUCUUUUUAAUAGCUACAUAGAAACAAAUGCCGGGACGAAUCAGAUGUUAUUUCACAUGCGAUGUAUUAAGGAUUAUAUAUGUCAUAUUGAGCAGAGAUCUUCUAACGUCCCCAUCACAGAGAAAGAUAUAGAUUCUAUCAUCCGGAAUAAGGACGUACCAACUGUUCGUUUAUGGACGGCCUAUAUGUUAGAAAGAUUUCAACCCACUCCUAAGUCUGAAGAAAACGCUGUAUCACUAUCUCAAGCCGUGAAGGCGAAUUCCUCUAUCAUUAAAGCAGAGGAGAUAUCAGAUGUAUCCAAUGCUACUAUUGUCGAUCGUGAGACUGCCGAAUUUCUAGAGAACAAGCCAAGAAAAACUUUAGAAGAAAUGCGGUCUCUAGACCGGCACCAUAUCGUAGAAUGUUAUGAGAUUUCGCCUGAAUUAUUGACCGAAAAUUUCAUUUCGAAGUAUGGGGGAUAUAAUCAUAUGAGAUGGUUCAGAGCUUAUAGGCAGUUACGAGAUGCUGGUCAAGACCCCUAUCCUCAUCAUCCGACUCAGAAACUGGAGCUUCAUAGAUUCUGGGUUGAAGGAGACUAG